AUGUCUUUCUCCCUAAGGACAACUAGUUCACAUAGUAGUAAUAACACUAAUUAUGAAACUAAUUUUUUGACUCAACAACAAGAAAAUCCUCAUCCCCAACAUCAACAACAACAAUCAGAUCAACUUCAUUUAAAAAAUUAUAAUGAUUUUUUAUAUCGUGAUGAUUAUAUUUUACAACAAUUAAGUAAUAGAAUUAAAUAUAAUCAAUUAAAAUAUGGUUUAAAUGGUGGGGGUGGUAAAUCUUCUCAAAUUUUAUUAUCUGAAAUUUUAAAUGGUGAUAUUCAUGAAUGUAAUAGUAGGGAUAGUAAUGAUGGAGAUGAUGUUAAUGUUGGAUUUUAUGGUAAUAUUAGUAAUAAUUCUUCUUCAAAAGGAUCCAAUUAUAAUGGUGAAGGACUUCAACUAGGUUUUGAAUCAAAUUUUAGAAAUAAAAAUCAUAAAUCCAAAUCUAGUAAUCAUGGACAUGUUUCAAGUCAAGGUAAUGAUAUCAAUCAUAUUGAACAAAACAAAUCACAAAUUAAUGAAACUAGACCUCCAACUCAUGAUAUUCCUGAUGAAUUAAUUCAAAUUUUUCAAGAAUUUGAAAAUGAUAAAUUGACAAGACAAAGACCAGGUUCAAGAUUAAAUAGUGGUAGUAGUAGUAGAUCAUCAAAUAGACCCAAAUCUAAUGGUGGUGUUAUUUUCAAUGUUAUUGAUGAUGAAACAGAAGAAGAAGAUAGACCUAAUUCUGAUCAAAAACAAUAUUACACCCAUGAUGAUGAAGAUGAUGAAGUUGAAUAUAUAACUUCUGCCAAUACUAUAUCACCAGAAAUUUAUAUUAAUGGAUAUAUGAAAUUUAUCAUUAAUUCAUCACAAAUAAAUUCACCAAAUGAAGAACAGUUACAAAAUCAAAAUCAACCAAAUAAUCCACAAACAAUUUCUAAAAAUAAUUCAUUAGUUUCAAUUUCAAAUUCAAUAGCAACAAGUAAUGAUGAAAUAGAAUUAUUAGAAAGUCCUAAAAUAGAUUUAACUCAUGAUCAAAUUAUUGAAUUAUUUGAAGAAACAUGUAAAGAAAUUGAUGAAUGGAAACAAACUUCUUUUAAUUUAGCCAAUAAUAAAUUAAAUUUUAAAUCAACAAAUUAUCACCAACAAUUAUUACAACAACAAUAUCAAUUACAACAACAACACUUACAACAACAAAGAAUUAAAUUGAUUCUGCAAGAUGAUUAUAAUGUUGAUAAAAACUGUAAUUUAAAAUCCCAAAAUAAUUAUAGUAAUGAACAUAUUAAUGAAAUUGGAGGUGGAAACAAUAAUGAAUUAAAAAAUAAAUUAGUUGAUGAUUUAUAUUGUGAUGAUACAAAUGAAUUUGAUGAUUCUUCAAUUGAUUUUGAAAGAAAAAUUCGAAAAAAUCCUGGAUUUGUUAAAAAAGUGAAUACUUUUUAUUUCAAUAACAAUAAUAAUAACCAUAGUAGCAAUAAUGUCAAUGAAACAUCACAAAUUAUUGAAGAUUUAAAAAAUAAAUCGUUUCACUCGAAUGCAAUAUUAAUUGGUUCAUCAACUAAAAGAUCUUCUUCAACAAGUUCUGAAGUUUCAAAUUUAUCAUUUGAAUUACAAAAUUUAAAUUCAAAUUCAAGUACUACUUCUCCAUUAGAAAAAUUAACUCAUCAAAUUAUUGAAUCUCCUAAAACUUCAACACCAGUUAGAUUAGACAAAACAAUUGAUUUAGUUGAUGAAAAUACCUCCACUAGCAAUAAAUUAACUCAAUCAGCUAUUUCCAAAAAACGUAGGGAAAAACAAAAAAUUCCAAGACGUCCUUAUUUUGGUUAUAAUAAUUUUAAUGAUGAAUCUCAAUUUCAAUUUCAAUCUCAACCUCAACCUCAACCUAAUUCUUCGAAAAAUAAAAAUAUAUUUAGGGUAGGUAGUGCAAUUGAUUUUAAAUCUUUUAAAAUUGAAAGUAAACCAGAUUAUGAAACAUCAAAAAAUUUAUCAUUACAAUCAUCAAAAAUUCCAAAUAAAUUUCAUUGUAUUCAAUUAAAUGAUAAAUUAAUUGAACCAUUAUAUAAUUCAAAAACUUGUAAAAUUCAUAGAAUUUUGUAUAUUAGGGAUGAUUUUGAUAUAAUUUUUAAUAAUUAUCAAUCUGAAAAGGAAUUAACACAAGUAAAUUCAAAUUCAAAUUCCAAAUAUAGAUUAUCAAAAAACGUCAACUUCAAAAAAUCAUCUUAUGAAUCUCAAUAUAUUUUGACAAAAAUUGAUCAAAAAACAAGUAAACCAGAUAAUACAACAAGAUCAGGAUUAUGUCCAUAUUGUGAAACCAUCGAAUUUUUUGGUUUAAAAAAUUCUUCUUAUGGUAAUCAUUUAGCUUAUAAACAUGGUAUAUUAACAAAUGGUAAAUCAAUUCCUGACCCAAAAUUUUUUGGUAUAUAUAAAUUUAAAAAAGGUGAAUAUGAUGAACCUGAAAAGAAAAAAAGAAAAACAAAUGCUCAUAUCUUGGAAAGACAAGGUGUAUUAUGUACUUGUUGUUGGCAAAUUUUAGAAGUUAAUUGUACUUCAAGAUCUUCUGUUUUAGGACAUUAUUUAAGACAUUAUAGGGAUUCUCAUGUUGGUUAUAAAAAGGAAUUUAAAAAUGGUCAAUUGAAAAAUUAUAUUGAUUUGAAUGAAUUUAAAAUUGUUGAUAAUGGUAAUGGCUGUGAUAAUGUAAAUAACUCGAGUCAAGCUGAUAGUGCGACUGCUGAAACCAACAGUCAAAUUAUAAAUGAUCCUGAUAUUUUAAAUUUCAUCAAUAGAUGGAAGGAAUAA